GCCAGCAAUCACUACAAAGCGCUGGCAUUGGAGCAGCAAAAGCAACAACUGGGCAAACACUCGCGCUGGUUGCAUUCGCCAGAUUACAUUAACGAUGAUGGCCAGCAACAGCAGCAGCAGCAGCAGCCAGACUUUGAUUAUGGCCACAAUCAUUUCGAUUUGGAAAGCUAUCAACGCUAUGGCAACAUUGAGAUGGGCGCUGCCUCCACUCGCUCGGGCCGCCAUCGCGGCCGUCAUUUGAGCACUCACAACAACAUGAUGAUGCCAUUGAGCGCCGAGCUAAGCGGCAAGUAUCUGCGCUCACUGCCCGACUCAAUGGACUUGCCACAUGAUCGCCUCUAUGCCGCACAGCCGCAGCGGCAUUGGCCCGUCAAGCGCGAGGCCAUUGUCGAGGGCGAUGUCAUUAUCGGCGCCCUAAUGAUGGUGCAUUCACGCGAGGACAGCAUCACCUGCGGUCCCAUCAUGCCCCAGGGCGGCAUUCAGGCAUUAGAGGCCAUGCUCUACACCAUUGAUCGCAUUAACGAAAUGCCGCUGCUGCCAAACAUUACGCUCGGCGCUCACAUACUCGACGACUGUGACAAGGACUCGUACGGGCUAGAAAUGGCUGUGGAUUUCAUCAAAGGCUCCAUAAGCAACAUAGACGACGCCGAAUAUCAUUGCAACAAGACUCAAGUGCGAAAAGUUAUAUCCGGCGUAGUUGGAGCGGCUUCAUCCGUAACAUCUAUACAAGUUGCCAAUUUGCUGAGAUUGUUUCGCAUACCACAGGUCUCCUACUUCUCCACCAGUCCCGAGCUGAGCAAUAAGCAACGAUUUGAGUACUUCUCACGCACCAUUCCCUCCGACCACUAUCAGGUGAAGGCCAUGGUGGAGAUUGUCAAGAGCAUGGGCUGGACCUACGUUUCGAUUAUCUACGAAGAGAGCAACUAUGGCAUCAAGGCGUUUGAGGAACUUGAGGAGCUGCUAGCACAUCACAACAUUUGCAUUGCCAUUAAGGAGAAGCUUGUCAAGGAUUCGGGAGUGGCUGAGGAUAAGUCAUACGAUAGCAUUGUGCAAAAGCUGCUCACGAAGCCGCGUGCGCGAGGCGCCAUUAUUUUUGGCUCGGAUCAGGAAGUGCGUCAGGUGAUGCGUGCAGUGAGGCGUGCGAAUGCAACAGGCGCCUUUUCCUGGAUCGGCUCCGACGGGUGGAGUGCGCGCAAUCUUGUCUCGGAUGGCUACGAACCGGAGGUGGAGGGCACUCUUUCGGUACAGCCACAGGCAAAUCCUGUCCUUGGUUUUGAGGAAUACUUUCUCAACCUGACCGUGGAGAACAACCAGCGCAAUCCCUGGUUUGUGGAGUUUUGGGAGGACCAUUUCCAGUGCCGCUAUCCGGGCAGCACCAGCACGCCGUACAACAACUACUCACGUGCCUGCACCACAAAGGAGCGACUCUCGAGUGGAGACACAGACUUUGAGGAUCAACUGCAGUUCGUUAGCGAUGCGGUAAUGGCAUUUGCUUUUGCCCUCAGGGACAUGCAUCGCGACCUGUGCGGCGGGCGUCCAUCAUUAUGCGAUGCCAUGAAACCGACUAAAGGCGCCGAUUUGCUUAAAUAUUUGCGCAAAGUGGAGUUCCAAGGCCUCAGCGGUGAUGAUUUUCGCUUCGAUAGCAACGGCGAUGGACCCGCUCGCUAUAAUAUCAUACACUUUAAGCAGUCGACGCCAGGUCAAUACCAUUGGGUCAAGGUGGGCGAGUAUAUGGAAGGUGUACUACGUCUGAAUAUGUCGGAGGUGAAGUUCAAACUGUUGCAUCCGAAGCCACCGGAAUCUGUCUGCAGCCUGGACUGCGAGCUUGGACAGGCCAAGCGAUACGUUGAGGGCGAAAGCUGCUGUUGGCACUGCUUCAAUUGUGCAAGUUAUGAGAUACGACAUCCAGACGAUGAAACUCAAUGUAACUUAUGCAAGAUGGGCACGUUGCCGGAUGCGCAUAAGACACACUGUCGACCCAUUCCCGAGGUCUAUCUGCGGCCGGAGUCUGCCUGGGCCAUUGGCGCAAUGGCAUUCAGUGCUACUGGUAUUUUAAUAACGCUCUUUGUCAUCGGCGUGUUUGUUAGGCACAACGAAACGCCCAUAGUGCGUGCUUCAGGACGUGAGCUGAGCUAUAUACUGCUGGCUGGCAUAUUCAUGUGCUAUGGCGUGACCUUUGCGCUGGUGCUGAAGCCCACAAAUAUUGUGUGCGCUAUACAGCGCUUUGGCGUCGGCUUCUGUUUUACGGUCGUUUAUGCCGCGCUGCUGACCAAAACGAAUCGCAUAGCGCGCAUCUUUAAGGCCGGCAAACAGUCGGCGAAGCGACCCUCAUUCAUCAGCCCCAAAUCCCAGCUAGUGAUUUGCACGUGCCUGGUCUUCGUGCAGAUUCUGAUAAAUAUCAUUUGGAUGAUAAUUGCGCCAUCUCAUGCAAUGCAUCAUUAUCCCACACGCGAGGAUAAUCUGCUGGUCUGCGAUUCGUAUAUAGACGCCUCCUAUAUGAUUGCGUUCUUCUAUCCGAUACUGUUGAUUGUGGUCUGCACUGUUUACGCGGUGCUAACGCGUAAAAUACCCGAAGCGUUUAAUGAAUCGAAGCACAUUGGCUUCACCAUGUACACCACUUGCGUCAUCUGGUUGGCCUUUGUGCCGCUUUACUUUGGCACAGCGAAUCACGUGCCGCUGCGGAUAACGAGCAUGUCGGUGACCAUUAGCCUGUCGGCCAGUGUAACCAUUGCGUGUCUCUUCUCGCCGAAGCUGUACAUAAUACUCAUACGACCGGAGCGCAAUGUGCGGCAGAGCAUGAUGCCACCACGAGGCGGCAACUUGCAUCGCACCGCAGGCACCGGUCCAUCUUCCAUGAUGGCAGCAGCGGUGGUGACGGCAGCCACCUGCGCCCAGGAGGAGAAACUACAGAGACAUAUCACGCCCACUGAAACAGAGCACUCAGUAAUUAAGGCCAAGAAGCUGUGCGAAAUGGCCACACAGACAAUUGCCAUAACGAGCAUACUGACGACACUGGACGCCCAUGCGUAUAGCCAAAUACCCUAUGCGGAUCAGUUUGUGACGAACAAUACGACGAGCAGCACGCCCACAGCAGCUGCGAAUGGCUUAGAGACGACGACGACGACGACGACGACGACGACGACGACGACGACGACGGCACCAACAGUGGGGACGACAACUGAUGAGCAGGUGGUUGCCAAUAACAACAAAAUCAAUCAGCAGCAACAUGGCCAAAGCAACCAAAUUGAAGCAAAUCUGGCAACGCCAGAGGCCACAACAAAUGGCAGCCAGCGUGGGCCGGUGCUGCAAACGAACUUAUAGCUAAACGCACAGCAAUUGCAGCAGCAGCUGCUCAAAGAGCAACAGCGUCAGCUGGAGCAGCAGGCAGCAGCUGAAGCCGCUGGCAGCGAUGCGGCAAGCAAUGGCAGCGGCAGUGGCAGCCACAAGAAGCGAGCUGCGAUUCCUGUCUAAGCUGCCGCAGCUUGUUGUACCUAAAUCAUAAUUUAAUGUGAACCCUUGAGAAAGGCCCAACGAAACCAAAAAUGAAACAAGCUAAAUA